UUUCGAGUGGAACACACCUAAUUGUGUUUACAAAAUAUUGUUUAUGUACCAGAGGAUUCGCUGAAAACUUUAUGCUUUAUAUUUUGUAACCAAACAUCUUUUAAAUGUUGGAAAUGAACAAUGCCGAAAAUCAAAGCAACUGUAUCUGAAAACGUAAAUAAAUAUGUGGCUGAGUAUCCGCGCGUGUUUCAAACCGAUGGAUAUGUGCUAUUUUGUAAAAUUUGCAAUAAGAUAGUGAGCAGCGAAAAGAAAUAUCAAGUUGACCAGCAUUUGAGAACUCUGAAACAUAGGGAAUUAUAUGAGCGGCGCACUUUGAUUGCUGCUUCUACAGAAGCAGGGUUUAACGAAUUUUCUAUGGAUUUAUGCGAAGCUUUUAUUUCGGCAGAUAUACCUUUGUCUAAGCUUAGCAAUCCACAGCUAAGCACCUUCUUAAGAACAUAUACUAAUGAGCACAUUCCACAAGAAUCAACAGAGCUCAAAACUUAUAUCGAUCAAAUAUAUAUUCGCUUAUUAAAUGAAAUGAAGAACACACUAAAACACCAUUUUCUAUGGGUUUCCAUAGAUGAGACUACCGAUAUCCAGGGCAGAUAUGUAGCGAAUGUAAUUGUGGGAAUUCUACAUGAGAAUGAAGAUAUACGCAACAAAAAAUUUUUACUCAACGUUGUAGAAUUGGAUAAAAUUAACUAUGCGACAAUAUCUCGCGCCUUCAAUGACUCUAUUACCUUGCUCGGUGAGGAUUUCGACAAAAACAAAGUUCUUCUAUUUUUAACCAACUCAGCGUCCUACAUGGCGAAGGCGGCAAGAGGAUUAAAAAUAUUUUAUCCGAAGUUGUUGCAUGUUACUUGUUUGGCUCUUUCUAUUCACCGACUAGCUGAAGAAAUUAGCAGUCAUUUUAAUGAACUAAAUCUUCUUAUAUCAAAUGGAGGAAAACUAUUCUUAAAAGCGCCUUCGCGUGUACAGGUUUUUAAUGCCAAAUUUCCUGGGAUUCCGCUUCCUCUAGAGCCAAUAACAACAAGAUGGGGAACAUGGCUUGAUGCAGUCAAAUAUUAUGCCCAGAACCUUGAAGAAUUCGCUGCAGUAGUGGCAGAGCUUGACGAUUCCGAUUCGAAAUCGAUUAAAAACAUAAAACAACUUCUAAGCUUGCCUUCUAUUAAAUCUCAAUUGUUUUUUGUACAUAACAAUUAUGGAUUUUUAUGUGAAGUAAUCAAAAAAUUAGAAGGAAGUAAUUCUUUGAGAGAUGCAGUUGAUUUAGUAGAUACCUCUAUAAAAAGAAUAUAUGAUGUAAAGGGUACAAUUGGGCAAGAAAUUAUGAAAACAUCAAAUUUAAUAUUUCAAAAAAAUAAAGGUUUCCUUGAAAUAAGAACACUUGCUCGCAUUUUGGAGUUUAAUGAAAGUUGUUCUAAAACCAAAUACAAUUUAAAUGAAUUGUCUGCUUUUAAGUAUGCUCCCUUAACCUUCUUUGAUGUAGAGCGGUCAUUUUCUUCGUACGAAAACUACCUAGGACCCAAUGGGGAAAGUUUCGUAUUUGAAAACUUUAAAAAAAUUUUCUUUGUUUACGCCAAUAAGGCAAUAAAUAAAUAAAGUAAGAUUGGUUCAUGUACUAUACACAUAUGUAUGUAUGUAUGUAUAUACGUGUAUGUGUAUAUACCUUUGUACUUAACUCUUGAUUUAAUUAAGUAAUUAUAUAUACAUAUACAGACCUGAUAUGAAAAAAAGACUUAACAAACAUCGUCGCUGGAAU